UACUCCCACUUCUGUAUCUUUACCGCCAUUGGAUUUCUUUAUGUACAUAUCUUCCUGCACUCCAUUCCAUUUUAUUAUAAGAUCAACAAUAAAAUUUAUAGUUGUUUGAAUUUUGGGUUUUGUCUGUGAUUAUCUACAGUUGUUUAAACUUUAAUUUGUGUGAGAUUAUCUACAGCUGUUGAACUUUGAGUUUUGGGUGUGUUUGAGAUGGGGAAAGUGAAGGUAAUGAGUACAAAGGUCAGUCCCUUUGGCAUGUCUGUCUUGAUAGGUCUAGAAGAGAAAGGCGUGAAAUAUGAAUACCAGGAGGAGGAUCUGAUGAUUAAGAAGAGCGACCUCCUCCUGCAAAUGAAUCCUGUUCACAAGAAAGUACCUGUAUUGAUCCACAAUGGGAAGCCUAUAUGCGAGUCCCUUAUAAUUCUUCAGUACAUUGAUGAGGUUUGGAAUUUUAAUCAGUUUUUACCCUCCAUGCCAUAUGAGCGUGCCACUGCCCGCUUUUGGGCCGAUUUCGCGAAUAAGUUUUAUGAGUCAGUAGCUCCUAUACUGAAGUCGAAAGGUGAGGCUCAGGAGCAGGGCAAGCGUAACCUGUUGGAGAGACUUCAGCUUUUAGAAGGUGCAUUGAAAGAGAUGUCGGCAGAGGGGUCCCUACCUUUCUUCAAUGGAAAGGAUUUUGGGUUCUUAGAUAUUGUCUUCAUUCCCUAUGCUUCUUGGUUCCAUGUUUAUGAAACUAUUGGGAGUUUCAAGAUACCAUUUGAAAGUGAAUAUCCAUUGCUUGAUGCAUGGGUUAAGAGGUGUAUUGAAAGGGACAGUGUCAAGAAAGUCCUUCCCUCUUUUGAUAAGGUUCUGGAAGCGGCAUUACAGCUAAGGAAGAAAGUUUUGGUCGAUUAAAUUGAUUGUCAGUUGUAAGCGUGCAGCUUGUGGGUAUUCGUUAGAUGAAUCCAUUCUUUGUAAUAGACGAGGAAUAGUUUGUAAAUGCUGGAGCUUUGGAAAUAAUUUGGGUCUUGUUGAUUAAUUUGUGUAGGAUAUAAAAAUAAUUUGUUGAAUAAAAGAGAUAUAAGGAG